AAGAGACAAAUUUGCACAAUGGGCGAGAGUCGAGAAUGGGUUGGCUAAUGACUGGCUAAUUAGGUUCGCAAACUUUACAAGUGAGCCUCCGCAUAUCCAAAUCUCCAGAGCGAUUGCGCAAAUUUGCGAUUGAAUAGGUGCUGAUAAUGAUUUUUAUAGGAUGUUGGAGGACCCUAGUUACGAAUCUGUAGUUCGAUGGGGCAACGAAGGUGAUAGUUUUGUUGUUCUUGAGAAUGAGAAAUUCACAAAGACUAUCCUGCCAAAACAUUUCAAGCACAGCAAUUUUGCCAGUUUUGUGCGCCAGCUGAAUAAGUAUGAUUUCCACAAAGUUCGACAAAAUAAUGAGGAAAAUGGUCAAUCGCCGUAUGGCCCUGGAGCAUGGGAAUUUAAGCACCCGGAGUUCAAGGCCAACAACAAAGAUUCCCUCGACAACAUUCGUCGAAAAGCGCCGGCGCCCCGCAAGCAAGCCCAGGGCGGCGAUGAAGUCCUGGCUACUCAGCAGAUGGACCUGGUCAACACUCAGUUGGUCGCCACUCAACAGCAGCUGCAGCAGCUGCAGGAGCGUUAUAACGAACUUAGCAUUCACCACUCCAUGUUGCUACAAGAACUCAUUGGCAUUCAAAAGACGGUCGUCAAUCAUGAACAUGUGAUGCAGAACGUCAUGAGUUUUUUACACUCGGUCGAUGCCCGCCAACGACGCGAUAGCCGCAUAGGUGGAAACCCGUUUGCGCAGGGCCCCGGUCCCGGGGCAUUGGCGGGAAAUGGGCCGGUGGACACACCGGCACAGCAACUUCAAUUUGAUGACGAGCCGGCUUCGCCCCUGCAAAACGCAUCGAAACUGCUCAACGAGACAAAUGCGGACAUUUUACUGAACAUCCGAAACUUGGAGCAAAUGAAUGAGAUGCAGAUGCGUAUCAAUGGCACCCUUACCACCCCGCCUCCAGAUGCGCUACGCAAUGGGGUUACGCCCACGAGCCACCCAGCCUCAUCCGCCCAGGCGCUGGCGUUUUCAAAGGCUAACAACGACCUUGGGGACAUUGUAUAUCCGGUUGGGCAGACGAACGGCAUCGAUCCCAUGUACAGCGAACAUAUCAACAACAUCCCUUACCCGAUGCCAAAGGACGCCGAUAUGAAUGAUCCCCGCAAACAAUUUGCUGAAGGCCGGAAGAAGAGCACCCAGGUGGACCCCGGCUGGAUCCGCCCUCCUCAGAUUCUUUUGGUCGAGGAUGAUCCUACUUGUCGUCGCAUUGGCAGCAAAUUCCUCUACUCAUUCCGUUGCGCCAUUGACAGUGCUCUUGACGGGCUUGAAGCUGUCAAUAAGAUGAACGCCGGGUCCAAGUAUGACCUUGUCUUGAUGGAUAUCAUUAUGCCCAAUCUCGAUGGAGUCUCGGCCUGCCAUCUGAUUCGUCAAUUCGACAGCACUCCAAUCAUUGCCAUGACGUCCAAUAUUCGCAGUGAUGACAUUUCCAUGUAUUUCCAGCACGGGAUGAAUGACGUUCUUCCAAAGCCUUUCACCAAGGAUGGCCUGCUUCAUGUCCUUGAGAAGCACCUUGGUCAUCUCAAGAAAGUGCCCGAAGGAAUCGAGGCCCUUGGUCAGGCUCCUGGCGCAGGUGUUCAGUCCAUCUCGCAGGGAUCAACAAGACAAUCGCUCAAGGACGAGGAUUCUCCCGGAAAAUCGCCUGCAACUAGUAGUUGGCAAUCUCCCAGUCAAUAUUCAGCUGUGUCCACGGCGGCAAACAGUCUACCGGAUGAGUAUAUGCAGACCAUGCGUACCGCGUAUGGUAUGGAUGGUUCAGUGCAGCAUCCUGGUGGCCUACAAUACCCGCAAGCGCAAAUGCCCAUGAAUGCGGCCAGGCAACAAGGCCACCGCCGGCAGGCAUCCGAGUUGGGAAGUGGUGAUGAAAUGGGAAACGAUCCAAAGCGGCAACGAAUGUUUAUUCCUCAUGGGAAUCCGGCAAUGCACACCAUGCCUCGGAGCGGCCCGGGAUGAGCUAAAAUUCAAAAAAUAGUUUUUUCAGAUAUAACGAUCUCCACCAUUGGCGUUUCCGUGAGCGGUUUAUACUUUGAUAAUUUUACGACAAGCAUUUAAUUCUAGGCAUUAUCGACUUCUAUACCUCAUUCAAUACCAUUCAAAUCAAAACUUUGGAUAUCCUCGUGCAACUCCAAAGACCAGCAAAAUGCGGAACAAAACGAAAGUGUGUUU